AUGGCAGAUAUGACAGACUCCGAAAACUGGUCAAUAUUUAUCACUGAAUCAGUAAAGGGCGUAGUCCAAGUAAACAGUAUAAAUUUAAGUGAGGGAUCAACCUUUCUCAAAUCACACUUCAAACCUUUAGUUAUGCUGCUGCGUCUCCUCUGUAUGUCCCUGUUUUUUUCAGGAGCGAAUGCAGGCCUAAACUGCAUGGUAGCUCCCGGAAAUCUGAAGCAAAUAGAUGCUGGAAACGGAGAUGUUUAUGGUGUCAAUGAUGAUGGAAACAUAUACCGCUGGAAUGUCAACAACUGGGAGCAGGUUCCAGGACAGCUUAUGCAUGUGACUGCAGGACCAGCAGGAGUCUGGGGUGUAAACAAAGCAAACACUAUAUUCAAGUUACAGGAAGGCACCUGGAUGGCUGUAACAGGACUGUUGAAACAGGUGGAUGCUGGGGGGAAUCAAUUCUUGGCUGGAGUAAAUGGACUGGAUAUGAUUUACUGCCUCAAUCAGAUGUACACCAACUCCAAGUCUUCCGUCACACCAUUCACCUAUAUUGAUGGAAGUCUCAAAUAUUACAGUUGUGGUCCUCUGGGCUGCUGGGGAGUGAACAGUGGCAACAAUAUCUAUUACCGCUACAGUACGACUCUUUCAGCUUGUCAAGGCAGCAAUUGGAAAUAUAUUGAAGGCAGUUUGGUCAUGGUGGAGGUUGGCACAGAUGGAUCCGUGUAUGGUGUUAGUCCUGAAGGCAACGUAUACACAAGAAUGGGUAUUGAUGCUAAGAAUCCUAUUGGGACCACUUGGGAACAACUGGAUUUCUGCAGUAACUUUAAACAUGUCACCUAUGAUGCAGGAACACUGUGGCUUCUAACCAAGAAAGGGGAUAUAUUUAAAUGUACAGUCACUGGUUCUCCAGUUCCAACUAAAUUGUCAUAA